GAUUGGUUGGUAGAGUGAGAGUGGCAGCCAUGUUUUAGUGUGUCAGGCCGAGGCUUGGAAGGCGCAGCUGAGCGAGGGAGCGGCAGGGUCUGUAGACGUAACGUGUGGGGUGUGUGAUGUGUGUGUAAAGAACUGUGUAAAGUGACAAAGGGAAAGCAGAGGUAAAGGCACCGGAGGGAGAGACGGCAUACGCGCAGCUAUGAGACAGCUCUGUGCAGGGUAAUGUUUCAGCCCAGACAUGCCUUACGUGGAUCGUCAGAAUCGCAAUUGUGGCUUCCUGGACAUCGAGGAGCAUGAGAACAGUGGGAAAUUUCUCCGCCGGUAUUUCAUCCUCGACACUAGUCAGGACAACCUCCUCUGGUACAUGGACAAUCCCCAGAACCUACCAGCAGGUUCCCCUUGUGUUGGCUGUCUGAAGCUGACGUACAUAUCAAAGGUCAGUGAUGCAACCAAACUCCGUCCGAAAGCCGAAUUCUGCUUUGUGGUGAAUGCCGGAAUGAGAAAAUUCUUCCUCCAGGCCAAUGACCAACAAGACUUGGUAGAAUGGAUCAAUGUGCUGAACAAAGCGACAAAAAUAACAGUACCAAAAUCUGAUUCACCAGCCCUCACUGACAGUCUGAACAACCAGACAGAUGGGGUGGGGAAAAAGCAGAUAUCGUAUCGGACUGAUAUUGUUGGCGGUGUGCCAAUUAUUACCCCAACACAGCAAGAACUCAGUGAAUGUGCCAACACAGGGGAUCGGGGCAAUCUCAAGCGCACUCAGAGCCAGCUUCCUUGCUCACCAUCCCGCCACUCGGAGAGCAGUGUGAUAAAAGCUGGCUACUGUGUGAAGCAGGGGGCUGUGAUGAAGAACUGGAAACGAAGAUAUUUUGUUCUUGACGAGAACACAAUAGAAUAUUUUAAAUCCGAAAUGGAGAGGGAUCCUCUUCGUGUGAUACAGCUCAGAGAAGUGCAGAAGGUGCAAGAAUGCAAACAGAGUGACAACAUGCUGAGGGACAACCUGUUUGAAAUCGUCACCACUUUCAGAACGUUCUUUGUACAGACCGACAGCCCGGAUGAAAUGCACAGCUGGAUUCGAGCCAUUUCUGGUGCUAUUGUGGCACAGCGUGGGCCUGCUAGAUCUGCAGCCUCUAUACGACAGGUCAGACGCCUUUCGAACCCCUGUAUUCCAAGGAGGCCCCAAGUUCUGAACACGGCACACCCUCUCGUUCCUUCACUCUCCCUCACUCAGCCGCCAGAGCUCAGCUCUCUGACCCCGGAAUGCCUUUCCGCGAGAGGGAAGAAUCGAACUCCAUUAACAAGGUCCAGCCAGGAUACAGCAAGGUCCAGACUCUCUCUGCAGGAAACCAGCUUUGCAAAAUGACACCUGCCUCUGUCACCAUGUAUAGCAACCGUCGUGAACCUGUGCUUUUGGAUUUAGAUGAUGCCAGCCUACCAGUUACCGAUGUGUGAUCAUCAUCUGCCACAUCUUUUAUGUGUGCGGGGGGCAAUAUAUUUUGGGUACAUUUUUGGGUCAACUUUAGUUCAUUACAGUUAAAGGAGAAGGAAAGGUUAAAAUUAAGUAAGCUUUAUCAGAAAGGUCUAUCUAAAUACACCAGUAAACCCUCAAA